AUGGGUAUUGACAUCAAUGAUGUCAAAAUUUUGGUAAAUGCAAGUUUUCAGUAUUUGAUGAAAACAUGCUGUCAAUGGGCAAAAGACCACCCUAUUGUUUCUGGUGUUCUUUUAUUCUUCUAUCUUUUGUAUCUCUUCUUUCCUUCCCUCUUUAGCAUACUUUUCUACACUUUUCCGUUGGUAAUUUGCUCCGCGAUCCUCCUUGGAGGACCGCGGUUUAGCAUGGAAAAACAGCAAAAGAACGCGAAAAAAGAUAAUGCAGCUAGCACGAGCAGCACAGUUCGUGACUUCACAUCGAUUGAUCGUAAUCGUAAUCGUAAUAGUAAUAGUAAUAGUAAUCGGCGCUCAUAUCUGCAAACCCAGAUGAGCAGAAGAACAGUUGGAAGAUCAGACAAUAAUGAUUUUCAUAAUAGAACCGGAGAUAAAAGAACAACGAUUUCGACAGGAGUUAGUCCUAGUCGUUCAGACACAGAGUCACAAAGUGAUGAAGAUGAGGUACAAAAUCAAGGGAUACACAAGCUUUUGGUAGAAUGGACAGAGGAUGAUCAAAGAAAUUUGAUGGAUCUUGGUUCAUCUGAGAUAGAGAGGAACAAGAGACUAGAAAGCUUGAUAGCGAAACGAAAGGCACGAAAGUUGUAUAGCAUGCAACCUAGGAGAACCAAUUAUUAUGACUUGAAUGUAGAUGAUUAUCUUGACAACCAAGUAAUGGGAUCCAUUCUUGUAUCGAAGGGAGGUUUCGACAACAAUGAUGAUCAUCAACCCGGUUCUGCACCUUGUGUGUUGCUUCCAACACGGAAUCCUUUCGAUCUUCCUUACGAUCCACAUGAGGAGAAACCUGUUCUUACAGGUGGGAGUUUUGAUGAGGAUUUCUUUCCUGAUGCACAACAACGUAAUUACCUAUUUAAGGAUCAUUCAUUCUAA